AUGUCGGGCGGCAGCUCCGGUCACCGCCGCUGCCCCGUCCGCAUCCCGACCCCGGCCUCAGCCCCACGGCACCCCCCCCAACCCCUCGGACAGCCUCGGUACCAACCGUCCCUCACCCCCUCCUCGGCGCCCGGCUGCCCCUCGCUUACACCCAACUCGCUCAUUGGGCCCCAGCCAAUGGGGAAGGUGACACAGGGACAUUUCUUCAAUCUUCCCUUAUAUGGACACAGUCCAGACCAGACUGAGCUGGGCCUCCGAUCUGGCAGAGGGCGCUCUCUUGCGCGUCCUGGUGGCGUUUCUGUAGUAAGACGCCCGUCUCCAGGAGCGAUGAGCCGGAGCCUGGAGUACCCAGCCGGAACAGGAACCGGAAUCUGGGCCGGAGCCGGAAGCGGAGCCACGGCAUCAGCUGGGGGGUGGGGGGGCGGGAGCAGCGUUGGGGCCUGGACGUGGAGGCGGCCCCUAUGUGAGAGUGGAGGCCGGCGCAGCGGGAGGCUUGGAGCUGGACGCCUCGGCAGCGCCACUUCCCCGCUCCGCUCACAGGAUCGUUGUGAGGAGAGCACAAAGCCAUAUAGCAACGAUUUAAAAAUGUCUUCGUGGGUCAAGGUUAACAGAGGACAUACUCAAAGAUGUGCUGCAGAUAAAAGCAUAAAUCCUUAUAAACCCCAUCUGAUCAUUUCUCCUGGAGAUGGUCACAUAAAGGAAAGUGAAGACACUAAAAGUAACUUUGAAGAAUUAUUGGGGAAAGAGUAUGAUUAUUCUAAAGGAAGUGAAGAUAACUAUGAGAGAUACCAAUAUUCCCAUAAAGAUGAUGACCACAGUAAGGACCAUCGAAAAGAGAAGCUCUAUCAGCAGUUUUACCAACAGAUACAGAAUGAAUAUGAUAAAGAAAGGCCUUCAGAUUGUACCAUUGUUUCCAUCAACAAAGACCAAAGGGACUAUGCAGUAAGCAUAGGUCAUCGUUUGCAAGACCAUGGCCUUGUGGUGGAAAUGAUUUAUCUGACAUCAGAGGCGAGUCUUACCUGUGCACUCCAGGAAGUGAAAAAUGAUGGUUCUCCCUUUUGUAUUCUAGUCGAACAGUCCAAUGUAGCGCUCUCCUCCUGCACCGUAAUAUCACUUCACAAGUCGAUCACAAUACAUCGUCAUAUGCCCUUAGAAGAUGCAUUGGCUCUAGUAGCUAAGGAAUUUGGGACUAUUUUGGCUGAACGGGAACAGCAAGAAGGUGCUGGAAUUUCACAAAAAGCAGCUGAUCUAGUAGAUGACUACUUAGAACGGGACCUUUGUGAAAGCUACUCUGUGCCUCUGGGCAUCAAACAUCUCCUCUUCCUACUAAGUGAGGGAAAACAUUUGUAUCAGGAGGAGUUGAACACCAUCAGUGACUACCUGAAGACCAGGAAAGAGGAAUUGGAAGGUUUUGUGGAGACACCAGAUACUUCAACUGCAGUUGUGAAUGCUUUGAUUGAAGCUAAUUUGAUGCCAAGAUCUCAUACUAUGGGCAAACCACCUCCUCUUCUUCCAACCCCUAGUAGGAAUUCCUUCCAGGGCCAGCCUCUUCUUCCUCCAGUUAAGCCUCCUUUAUUAGGUGAUAGGCCUGGAGGACUUCUUCCAACCCCAGGACAUUCUGGGCCCAAGGGUAAACCUCCUCCCCUUCUAGCAGUACCCUCUAAAAGACCUGGUCUCCUGGGAUAUGCACCACACCAGCCUGUAAAGCGUCCAAUGAUGUGGGAGAAACCAGCCCUUUUGCCAACACCAGUAGCAGUGCAAACAGUACAACCUCAACGGGCAGCUAAACCCAAACCUUUUUGAACUAAGGAAACCUCAACUGGGCCGGGAGGAAAAUGGCAAGGCAUUCCAAGCAGAUGGUGUCCUCUCUCUCUCUCAUCAUUAAUGUCUGUGUAGCAGGCAAGAAACUUUAUUGUAGCAUACUUUCUGUUAUAAUCUACAUUCCCUCGGGAAUUUUUUUAAUUUGCGGAGACUAUCACAAGCUGGAUGUUUGUGAAAAGUCAGUGUUGUAGAUAUGUUGGAUCUUUCAGUUGUUCCAGUACAUAUAUUACACAAUAAAUUCUUUGUUUUACACGACCCCUUGCUCUUUUUUAAACAGUGGUUAGAUUUCAGCUAUUGAGGGAAUAUAUGGGGAAGGAAGAAACUUCUUGUUCAGUAGCAACUGAACAAGCUAGUCAACCUUUUUUGAUUUAAAUGGGAGGGGUUGUAUAAGGGUGGAGGUGGGGUCUUAAUGGGAAUUUUUGUAUUGGAAUGAAAAA